CGGACGCGAUGGCUGGGUCGGUGGCCGCGCUCACUUUGUGCUCCGCGGGCGGCUUUGAGCGAGGGGUCGCGGGAGCGGCCGGGGCGGGGGAAGCGGGGUUUGAAUGACUAACCCGGCGUCUGCACAGCUGCAUCGGCCCUAAUUCCCCGGCGCCCCCCGCCCCCCGCCCACUGUCCCAGGCUAAUCCAUCAUUCUGGGGCCGAAAACAUCAUUUCUCACGUUCUCCCAGAGAAACCCUAGUAGCCGGGCGGAAUCUCAACUCCGCGCUGCCCCCCCGCCCCCGCCCCCGCCCCGCCGCCCCAGUCCCUUGCAUUCACACCCGACCUGCGGGGCAGGGUAGAGGGGUGCGGAGUUGGAGUGCCCAGGAACUGUCCUAACUAGAAGGGCGCUCAUUCUCUCGGGCUUGCCGGUGGCGCCUCUGACGUGUCCGGGGUAGGGGGCAGUGUGGUUUCUCACCUUCAGGACAGUGCCGAGCACAGCUGUCCUCGAGGAGGGGCGUGGAGUGAGGGAGGUUUUCAAGAGCGUCUCAUCAGAAUGCACAGGGCUCCGCCGCGUGUCCCCUGAGAACGCGACUUUACUAUCGCUGCCGUUUUGCCCUUGGGAGUAGGAUGUGGUGAAAGGAUGGGGCUUCUCCCUUACGGGGCUCACAAUGGCCAGAGAAGAUUCCGUGAAGUGUCUGCGCUGCCUGCUCUACGCCCUCAAUCUGCUCUUUUGGUUAAUGUCCAUCAGUGUGUUGGCAGUUUCUGCUUGGAUGAGGGACUACCUAAAUAAUGUUCUCACUUUAACUGCAGAAACGAGGGUAGAGGAAGCAGUCAUUUUGACUUACUUUCCUGUGGUUCAUCCGGUCAUGAUUGCUGUUUGCUGUUUCCUUAUCAUUGUGGGGAUGUUAGGAUAUUGUGGAACGGUGAAAAGAAAUCUGUUGCUUCUUGCAUGGUACUUUGGAAGUUUGCUUGUCAUUUUCUGUGUAGAACUGGCUUGUGGCGUUUGGACAUAUGAACAGGAACUUAUGGUUCCAGUACAAUGGUCAGAUAUGGUCACUUUGAAAGCCAGGAUGACAAAUUAUGGAUUACCUAGAUAUCGGUGGCUUACUCAUGCUUGGAAUUUUUUUCAGAGAGAGUUUAAGUGCUGUGGAGUGGUAUAUUUCACUGACUGGUUGGAAAUGACAGAGAUGGACUGGCCCCCAGAUUCCUGCUGUGUUAGAGAAUUCCCAGGAUGUUCCAAACAGGCCCACCAGGAAGAUCUCAGUGACCUUUAUCAAGAGGGUUGUGGGAAGAAAAUGUAUUCCUUUUUGAGAGGAACCAAACAACUGCAGGUGCUGAGGUUUCUGGGAAUCUCCAUUGGGGUGACACAAAUCCUGGCCAUGAUUCUCACCAUUACUCUGCUCUGGGCUCUGUAUUAUGAUAGAAGGGAGCCUGGGACAGACCAAAUGAUGUCCUUGAAGAAUGACAACUCUCAGCACCUGUCAUGUCCCUCAGUAGAACUGUUGAAACCAAGCCUGUCAAGAAUCUUUGAACACACAUCCAUGGCAAACAGCUUUAAUACACACUUUGAGAUGGAGGAGUUAUAAAAAGAAAUGUCACAGAAGAAAACCACAAACUUGUUUUAUUGGACUUGUGAAUUUUUGAGUACAUACUAUGUGUUUCAGAAAUAUGUAGAAAUAAAAAUGUUGCCAUAAAAUAACACCUAAGCAUAUACUAUUCUAUGCUUUAAAAUAAAGAUGGAAAAGUUUCAUGUCAUAAGUCACCACCUGGACAAUAAUUGAUGCCCUUAAAAUGCUGAAGACAGAUGUCAUACCCACUGUGUAGCCUGUGUAUGACUUUUACUGAACACGGUUAUGUUUUGAGGCAGCAUGGUUUGAUUAGCAUUUCCACAUCCAUGCAAACGAGUCACAUAUGGUGGGACUGGAGCCAUAGUAAAGGUUGAUUUACUUCUACCAACUAGUAUAUAAAGUACUAAUUAAAUGCUAACAUAGGAAGUUAGAAAAUACUAAUAACUUUUAUUACUCAGCGAUCUAUUCUUCUGAUGCUAAAUAAAUUAUAUAUCAGAAAACUUUCAAUAUUGGUGACUACCUAAAUGUGAUUUUUGCUGGUUACUAAAAUAUUCUUACCACUUAAAAGAGCAAGCUAACACAUUGUCUUAAGCUGAUCAGGGAUCUAUUUGUAUAUAAGUCUGUGUUAAAUCUGUAUAAUUCAGUCAAUUUCAGUUCUGAUAAUGUUAAGAAUAACCAUUAUGAGAAGGAAAAUUUGUCCUGUAUAGCAUCAUUAUUUUUAGCCUUUCCUGUUAAUAGAGCUUUACUGUUCUGUCCUGGGCUUAUAUUACACAUAUAACUGUUAUUUAAAUACUUAACCACUAAUUUUGAAAAUUACCAGUGUGAUACAUAGGAAUCAUUAUUCAGAAUGUAGUCUGGUCUUUAGGAAGUAUUAACAAGAAAAUUUGCACAUAACUUAGUUGAUUCAGAAAGGGCUUGUAUGCUGUUUUUCUCCCAAAUGAAGACUCUUUUUGACACUAAACACUUUUUAAAAAGCUUAUCUUUGCCUUCUGCAAACAAGAAGCAAUAGUCUCCAAGUCAAUAUAAAUUCUACAGAAAAUAGUGUUCUUUUUCUCCAGAAAAAUGCUUGUGAGAAUCAUUAAAACGUGACAAUUUAGAGAUUCUUUGUUUUAUUUCACUGAUUAAUAUACUGUGGCAAAUUACACAGAUUAUUAAAUUUUUUUACAAGAGUAUACUAUAUUUAUUUGAAAUGGGAAAAGUGCAUUUUACUGUAUUUUGUGUACUUUAUUUCUCAGAAUAUGGAAAGAAAAUUAAAAUGUGUCAAUAAAUACUUUCUAGAGAGUAA